GUGGAGUAUGAAACUAGGGUGGGUUGUGGUAGGGUAAGGCGUACAGAUUAAGUCGAAGGGUUCUUCAGAAGGCAUCUUCGAGAACAAUUUGUGCCGAUGAGAGUAGCGAAGGCCAAAAGAAUUUAGAAGGGCGUAUGGUGAAAUGUCCUGAACAGAAAGAAAAGAAGCGAGAGGAAGGGAGGAUACCAAGUAAUACAGCAAAAAAGAUGGGAAGGGAAGGGAAAGGGAGUGAUGGGAGGCUUGGAUCGGAAGAUGUUAUAAAAUCGCCGGCUAGCAGAGCAUAUAGACUGAACGUACAAGUGGAGAGGAGUGGGUUGCGAGAGGUGGAAAGCUUUUACGGUGUGGACUGUUGUGAUCGAAGAGCUGUGCAGGACCUCUACCUGUGGGGGUGUCCAGUCUGUGGGGUUGGAAGUAGGGAAAGAAAGUGUGGAAGGAAAGCCGUAGUCCUUUGAGUGGCAGAGGAGCGCCAGUCAGCCUCAGAGAUCGACAUUGACGGUAGUGUGUGUUCAGUGGAGAGGGAUCUGGAGUUCUCUCAGGCAUAGCAGUCACACUAUCACAGACUACUUACUGUGUGGCUUUUUCAUGCUUAGGCCGAAAUCAUCCAUCUCCGACUGGACUGGACUGGACUGGACAGGACUCAUCUCUAACCUCAAAACGCCGAGGUUUGAGGAAUUCUAAAUUGGAAGAGAAUCCUAAGGCUCAAAAACAUUUGCCGUGUUCCUCUGUCAGUGGAACUCACAAACAAAGUACUUGGGAAUGAGAUUUUGUGGCCGGACAUUUUGAGCAGGAUUUCUAUCGGUGUGUGGAGAGAGGUUCUGAAACUGCGGAGAUUGUGUAUCUUAAAUUGGAUUGUAUCUCUGACGGGACAGACGACAAGUGCAGAUCGGUGUGGUUAUUCUCCUCGAAAGACUGAACAAUCCUGCAAGCGAUCUUUUCUCUGGUUCUGGUGCGCCUAUCUGGGGCUGUCUCCUCGAUUAAAAUCGUUGAAGCAAUGGAAGACUGCUGUGCUGUGUGUGCCGAGCCCUUGGAGUGGGUUGGUUACGGGCCUUGUGGUCAUCGAGAAGUGUGUUUCACGUGCAUUGCGCGCCUUCGUUUUGUUCUCAAUGACAAACGAUGUUGCAUUUGCAAGCAGGAUUGUCCUCAGGUUUAUGUUACCAAGGCUUUGGGUGACUACACACGAGUUGUCACGGACUGGAAAGUAUUGCCGAGUCGAUUGGGCAGUAGCACUGCAGAGGGUGGAGAUUUGUGGUACGACAACGUAGUGGAAGCGUACUUCGACGAUGAGGAGCCUUAUAAAACCAUCAAAGCAAUGUGUAGGCUGUUUUGUAGUGUAUGUGAGAAUGCGUCUCCUGAAGAUUCGGGCGGGAAAGGCAUGAUGAAAAAGGGGUAUAUUUUCAAGAAUAUCGAAACACUACGCCGGCAUCAGUAUACAGCCCAUAGAGUCUAUAUGUGUGAGUUGUGCUUGGAAGGCAGAAAGGUGUUUAUGAUUGAGCAAAAAUUGUAUUCAAAAUCUCAGUUAGACAGGCAUAAUUACAAGGGAGAUUCUGAAGUUGAUGGCACUGAAGAGGAGAGGGGAGGAUUUGCUGGUCAUCCCGAAUGUGCCUUUUGCAAGAAGCGCUUCUAUGGAGAUAAUGAGCUCUAUCAGCACAUGUCUCAGGAGCACUAUACAUGUCACAUUUGUCAAAGAGCAAGGCCGGGUCAUUAUGAGUACUAUCGGAAUUAUGAUGAUUUAGAGGCUCAUUUUCGGCAAGAGCACGUGCUUUGCGAGCACCCGGAGUGCCUCGCUAAGAAAUUUGUUGUUUUUCCAAGUGAAGCAGAGCUGAAGAGGCACAAUGCAACCACACAUGGUGGACAUAUGUCACGAUCCCAGAGAAAUGCGGCAUUGCAGAUCCCUGUCAGUUUUCAUUAUAGGCGAACUGGACAAGACUCAGCAGAUGAUAAUAAUGGAGGUUAUUCGAACCGUCGAAGUGGAAGAGGUCGUGGAGGUCAUCCUUAUUCUGGUGGUGGUGGUGGUGGUAGAAGUGACCAUCUAGAUGCUGCAGUACGUGCUAGUGUUGAAUCAGCCCACUUGGAGGAAGCCGUACGAGAAUCAUCUGCUAUGAGUGCAUCUAGUAGUGAUAGGCCUGGUUCAAAUAAUCCUCAAGCUGGUUCUGAAAGAGGAAUAUCCGGUGAGUCAGAAGCAGGUUUCUCUGGACAGGGUGAUGGGGAAAACGAACCAUCACGCUAUCUUGCUGCCGUUUGGGGUGCAGGGCCAUCGGCUUUGGGUGAUGCUGCGUUUCCACCAUUGCCAGGGACUUCUAAAAGUUCUCGGCGACGAGCGAAGUCAAAAAACCAAGGUCCAGCAUCGAUGGCAGCUUUGUUGGGUGGGAAUGGAAUAGGAGGGGGAGGUAGAGGUGGAAUACGUGUUUUGAAUACUGCAGAUCACAGGCACACAUCUAGUAGUACUCAGAUGCGUUCUGUUGUCGAAGUAGACCGAACUUAUACAGGGCAGAACAGUACAAGCCGUCGUGAAGGGCUUGGAACUUUUGUCGACACGAGGAUCGAAUCUAGUCAAGCUCCCUCAGUGAGUGCAGUAGGUGGGCCAGGGCCCCCGUCAGUUGCACUCCGGCCGGCAACUGGCGGGGAAAGUUCAAGUAGUGGCAAUGGAGUACAUACUAGAGGAGAAUGGGCGGUUACACGUGGUCCAGCUGGCGGGGCAAGCUCAGUUGCUGGCAAUGGACUUCCAUCUAGAGAAUCGGCACCAGUAGAGAGAUCUACUAUGAUUAAGCCACUAACAGCACAGGUGAGUGAGCUAAGUUUGGACCUGAGAGCUGCAAAUAAGGCUCUGGUAGAGAGAAUUCGAACAGGUUUAAGAGGCAACGAACAGCAAUAUGCUGAUUUCAAGGAUGUGUCCGCCCGGUUCAGGAAAGGAGAGAUGGGCUCCAAGGAGUACUAUGUCCACAUUGCCAGGCUUGGGCUGUCAUUCAUUGUUCCAGAACUUGCAAGGCUUUGUCCCGAUCCACAGAAGGGAAAAGAGUUGAUGGAAGCACACACUACAACUAUCACAAACAACGUUGUGGAUCCCAAAAGCCUUCCUCCAGGUCUGGCUGGAGCUUUCCCGAGUUUGACAAGUGCAAGGGAAGUGGAGAGGCCUGCUCCUAAGCUUGCAGCAAUGAAAUCUGUCGUGUCAGAUUCAGCAGGAAGCAGUGGGAGCUCCAAUGGACAUACUUCAAAGUAUAUCCCCGAGGAGGCUGUCGAACAGCUUUCAAGUGAUGGGUACAGAAGAGCGAAAGGAAAAAACAAGAUUGACAUGAGCUCAUCCACAGCUUCCACACUUUCUCCCUACGCUUCCACACUUCCUCCGUUCCCGGCGCUGGGUACAGAAGGUACCCUAUUAAAUGAGCUUGCCGCUGCCCGUGACCGGAAGCCACAAGUCCUGGUAAAAGCUUUUCCUCCACUUAUUCAAGAUCCACCCCAGCCUCAAACUUCCUCAGCCACUUCUGACAAACCAACAGCAUCAACACCAGAGAAUGGAACAUGGGCCUGUGUAAGAUGUACGCUUCUCAACAAGGCAAGUGAUCUGCAAUGUGAUGCUUGCAAAACCCCACAGCUUGUCCAAAUAGGAAAGGAUGCAGCUGAUGCCGCAAGUGCUAGUGAGAAACGGAAGAAGAAAACUUCGAAGUUUCAAAGAGUUCGUUUAGGUGAUGGUUCUGCCGCAGCGUUGUUGGACUCAACUGCUCUGAACCCAUGGGGUCAAUCUUCACAAUCCGAGAUCGAUAGUAGGAAUUCUGGAAGCAGUUCCGGUCGAGGUGUCUGGAACAACGGCGGUGGUCAGCGUCUCGUCUCUUUGGUUCAGAGGGAAGCCAUUAUCGACGAUGCUUGGAGCCACGGAAGUAAGUGAUUUUCAGAGGAGAGUUAACUUUACAAUUGUUUUGUUGGUUUCACAAUCACAUUUUUUGAUUUGGUGUCAGAAGAAUGCCACCUAAAUCACAUGAAGUGUCCCUACUUGAGACACCACGAGGAAGAGGAUCAUGCCGCCGGAGAGAUAUACACGAUAGGUUUUUCACGUAAUAAGUCGUCCCUGCAAUCUUGCACCUCAGGGAAGUGUAACAAGUUUGUGGACUUCUGAAUUUUUUUCCAUUUGAUUUGUAUAAGUAUCUGCAACUAACAAAUGACGAUCAAGGUGUGCACCCUAGGCACUCUCUUCUGAAUGGCCGUGACUUUGGGCAUCCUGUGGAGGUUUGUAUUGUGUUUGAUGUUUACGAGAG